UACUGACGUCGGUAGAUAUUCGUGUACGGUGUUCCAAAUAAGACAGUAAUGCGCCCAGUUCCCUCCAGAGAACACAACACACUUCAAGUGCUGAUCCUUUCGGAGUGAGCGCGCUAUAGUGAUGCUCACUUUGGAAUGGAAUUGACUCAUUAUGAAGGCUGUUCAGCGUUGAGCCUGCUGCUGUGCGCACGCGAGAGAAUGAACCGGUUGGAUAGGAUGAAGACGCGCAGCCCGCGUGGGAACGGCACGGGUUAGUUUGCACCGGCGAACUCCGCUCGCUCGUCAGCAAUACUUCUUACAAUUGUCGUCACAUUCCGCUCGCAGGACAACAUUUAGCCGCACGCGCGCAAAAACCGAACGUCGAUUUCUCUUAUCCGCGCGCAGUGACGCCUCCUCGCUGUCAUGUAGGGGCUUCAUGUGAACGCAUUACUGUUGACCGAUGGGACACAAACAGAGGGUCACUCUCGGUGUGAGGAGCUCGACGUGUUUACAAGGAACGAAUCAUUUUGGAGAAGAAACAGAGCAAAUAGUGGCAGUACUCUCAGAAAAGUUGAGUUCCAGCCGCAGGGGAGCAGGUCGAAACGCUUAUCAUAUCUAACAGGGAACACUGACUGAGUGUUGCGCGUGACUGGGAUCGUGUCUGAAUAAACACCUGCCUCCGAGGACCUUAAGAACUCAAACCUGACAGAAGAUUAUUUACCGAGGAUUAAGCGUCCAUUUGAAUCACUAAAUAAUAAGGAUAUAUCCGCCUGUAUUAAUAAUCACUCAUCUGGAACUGGUUGAAAAUGAGACAGCGGUUCAAAUGCGCGCAGAAUUCACCCGUUUAUUUCCAGUUGUAAGCGCUGCCCUGACCAUCCUUUGGGUGCAUAUCUGUUGUUUUUCAAACAGAGGUCUGUCACCCCGGAGCGGAGCAUCCGGACAGCUGCAUCUGGAGCAAAGGAGCGCUGUGCUGUUUGAAGGUUUCUGCAGAAAAACACUGGAGCAAUGAGUCGCAUCCUCCAUCCACAGGUGUUGACCAUCUGGAUUACGCUAAUCUCCAGGGCAACAGCUGACCUGACCUGCGACACACUGCUCCUGCUCUCCACAAAUCUAACAGCUCGCACUUUGAUCCUGUGGAAUCAGACGUCUAGUCCCACCAAUUCUACAGGUUUGUUCUGUAACACUUCGAUUGAUGGCAUUGGGACAUGCUGGCCCAGGAGCAGUGCUGGAGAAGUGGUGUCCCGUCCCUGUCCAGAGACCUUCCUCGGAGUCCGUUACAACACCACCAAUAACGUGUACAGAGAAUGUCUUGCCAAUGGCACCUGGGCGAAGAAGGGAAACUACUCCCAAUGUCAGGAAAUCCUCAACGAGGAGAAGAAGAGCAAGCUGCAUUACCACAUUGCAGUCAUCAUAAACUACCUGGGACACUGUAUCUCUCUGGGAGCCCUGCUGGUCGCCUUCAUCCUCUUCAUGAGACUCAGGAGUAUCCGGUGUCUGAGAAAUAUCAUCCACUGGAACCUGAUUACAGCAUUUAUCCUGCGAAAUGCCACCUGGUUCGUGGUGCAGCUCACCAUGAACCCAGAGGUGCAUGAGAGCAAUGUGAUCUGGUGCAGGCUGGUUACAGCAGCAUAUAAUUAUUUCCAUGUGACCAACUUCUUCUGGAUGUUUGGAGAGGGCUGCUAUCUGCACACAGCCAUAGUACUGACAUACUCCACUGACAAACUGAGGAAAUGGAUGUUCAUCUGUAUAGGCUGGUGUAUUCCAUUCCCCAUUAUCGUCGCUUGGGCCAUUGGCAAGCUGUACUAUGACAAUGAAAAGUGCUGGUUUGGGAAGCGGGCCGGCAUUUACACUGAUUAUAUUUAUCAGGGUCCCAUGAUCCUGGUCCUACUGAUUAACUUCAUUUUUCUCUUCAACAUUGUGAGGAUCCUGAUGACUAAACUGAGGGCCUCCACCACCUCAGAGACCAUUCAGUACAGAAAAGCAGUAAAGGCCACACUGGUUCUUCUGCCGUUGCUGGGCAUCACAUACAUGCUGUUCUUCGUCAACCCAGGCGAAGAUGAGAUCUCACAGAUUGUCUUCAUCUACUUCAACUCUUUCCUAGAGUCCUUUCAGGGCUUUUUUGUGUCAGUGUUCUACUGCUUUUUGAACAGUGAGGUACGCUCAGCCGUUCGUAAGCGGUGGCACCGCUGGCAGGAUAAGCACUCCAUUCGGGCGCGGGUAGCACGGGCCAUGUCUAUACCCACCUCUCCAACACGGGUUAGUUUCCACAGCAUCAAGCAGUCGUCGGCCGUCUGACCAGAACAGAAGUGAAGCAUCUGUCCCCAUUUCUUCUGCUCCCGCUCUUUCCGUCCUCAGCUAACCAUCCACGUCCUCUGAAAAACCCAGGGAUAACAGCUAUGGGCCAAACAUGGUAUGAUCCUCAGCUGAAACAUAGAUGAAGGGUGGAAAUGUACAGAGAUAAUGAGGUCCACCUGCCAAACACAGAGGAAAAAACUGCUUCAGAAACAGAUUAGAGCUUCGGUGGUCUCAGACAGCAAUGGGAGACCGUGGGAGGAACCUGACACACACACAAAAAAAGGUUGAUAAAUACUGGCAGAGUGUAUUUAUUCAAUAGACAGAGUUAUAUGUUGCAUCCUGUUCUCGAGUCUUCUCAUUGGAGAGCUCAGAUUAUUCCUAACUAUCAGAGUAAGAUACUAUGGAAUAUAUACUACAUGGCCAAAAGUAUUGUGAUUGUUACCUAUACAUGUGUCUGAAUGGGAUCAAAUCCAUAUUCAAACAUCUACUGCAGUGGUCUCAAACUCAAUUCCUGGAGGGCCACAGCUCUGCAGAGUUCAGCUCCAAAUCACACUUGCUUGGAAGUUUCUAGUGAUCCUGAAGACCUUGAUUGUGUUUGAUUAGGGUUGGAGCUAAACUGUGCAGAGCUAUGGCCCUCCAGGAAUUGAGUUUGAGACUAAUGAUAUACUGGAAACCUUACCAGAAGAGUGGAAGCUGUUAGGGAUGAUAAACUCCUUAUUUAUGCCAAUAGUUUUGGAAUUAUUUGCUCAGAAAUAAAAUUUUUGUGUGUCCACAAAGUUUUGGCCAUAUAGUGCAAUAGUUUUAGGAGUUUUAAAACAAAAUGACAUAAUCAGAGAGAAAAAAAAAAGUUUUCCAAUUGGAAAACAAACAGUAUUUUUGACAGAUCUCAAUGUGAACUUUCAUUAUUGUUAUUGAAUCUUUUGACUGGAUACAUUGGGGACAAAUGUAUGGCGUUUUCUCCGAGAUGUUCAGAUUGUGACCCUUAUAUUUUUUUUUCUUACUCUUCACUCGCUGCUCUUCAUUGCCCACAUUGUUGCAACUAGUAAUCAUUUCUGUGAGCUCAUUCAACAUGGACACUUUUCGCUUUGAUAUGAUGAGUACAUCUGUUGCUGUGUAUAUCAAGCAGUACAAAAAUUGUAAACAGUUUUUACAAAGAUGAAAGGUAUGCGUUAAUGCUCUCUAAGCUUGUUUGCAUCCUGGGACUCAAGGAUAUAUCUAAACCCCGGGGAAAAAAAGGAAGGAAGCUCACAGGAAAGGGAAGAACAUCAUGAAAGACUCGUGCCUGCUAAGGUAGAAGACGGUACGCUCCGAUACUAAACACAUAACACAAUCUUUUAAAUAAGGGGUUUAUCACAGAACAAAGAAAGGAUUUUGAUUUUAUCCUGCAUUUGGAGCCUCAGCCAAGCGGGCGAUUGAAUGUAUUUCAAUUAACCACUCCAGCUCUCCUUUUCAUAUAAAUUCCCAGUUAUCACGUCGUUUUACGAGAUGAUCUUAGUACAAAAUACUUGAGAAGUUGGAUUCUGGAGACUCUUUCAAAAAAGACUAAUUCUAAUCACACGUGACUGGAAGUUGUUGGUGGUUUUGUUGCCCAAGAGCCUUAUAGGGAUAGUUCACCCAAAAAUGACAAUUCUGUAAUCGUUUACUCAGCCUCAAGUUUAUCUAAAACCAUAUGACUGUAUUUCUUCCAGCAAACACAAAAGGAUAAAUUUUGAAGAAUGUACACCACCGUUCAAAAGUUUGGGGUCAGUAAGAUUUUUUUUUUUUUUACUGCAUAAAAACCAUACUUUGACACAGUAAGGAUGCAUUGAAUUGAAUUCAGACUCCAUUAAGCUAUUCAUUUGAGAACUGCAACAAAUUGGAUCACUGAAUAAAUUAGUUGAACUGAAUCAAUUUGAUUUGUGAACAAGUCUUUCAUUCACAGACUGCUUUUGUGAACUUGGUCAGCUGAUUCACUGAAAAGAUUUGACUCAAAAAUUAUCUGUUCACAAAUGUUCUGAUCUGUUCACAAUUUGUGUUUCAUGGUAGAAAGAAAGGAGUUCAGAACAUCAUGAGGGUGAGCAAAUGAUGACAGUUUUCAUUUUGGGUGAACCAUCCUAUUUUAAAAUAUCAGUUAUUUAUAUGAAACAAGGUGCAUUUCGAUACUUACAUUGCUACUGGUGUGGGUAGAAAUUUAUGGACAGCAGGGAAGUCACUGUGUCAUUUGUGGACCAUAUAUAUAUAUAUAUAUAUAUAUAUAUAUAUAUAUAAUUUUUUUUUUUUUUUCGGGUUUCUCUGGACAGCUAUUCUGUGCGGAAGUAAAUUUAAAAAAAAAAAAAUAGAUGAAUAGUGCACUUUUGUGUUUUCUAGGACCAGCUUCUUCAAUUCAAAUCCCAACAGAAUCAGGCCAGAAGAAUCAGCUCAGCAAAAUCUGCUCCUAUAUCAUUAGAGUCAAGAGAGAUCUGCAUGCCUCACGUAGGGUCAUUUAACGUCCAUCCAUGUGUUAUAUAACCCUCACCAAGCUGAGCCGCCAAUGACCGAGUCCUGUGACCGCUCACUGCUGACUCAGCACAGUGAAGCAGAUUUAGCUUUUGUGCUCAUACAUCCAAUCAAUCACAUCUGAUAGGGAGUGCAAGGUUGUUUAAAAAAAAACUGACUCAGGACCUUCAUCUAUGCCUCUGUGCUCUUCUGACCUUCCUGAAGUACUUGUGCGAGAAUCAUUUGUAAAGGCUUCAGCAGAUUCCACAUUCAGUCAUGCUUGUUGUGUACAUGUCCAGUAGCACCGUAUAUACGAGUUAGACAUCUAGUUGUGUAUAUAUAGGAUGACUAGCAUUGUGAAGUUUGCCAACUACCAUAUAGCAGUGUGUGUACCUGACGAACUGAGGACCAAGCUUCUCACUGCUGCUAGUAAACUGAAACACAAGGUUCGUUUUAGUGUCUCUACUAAGUUUUUUUUUAUCUAUUUUUAGGCUGUGCACAGUCAUUUUGCAGUGAAAUCUGAUCCGUUUGUUCUGACAAUGUAGUAAAUAUCCAAAUGCCAGAAACUGAGAGUUGUUGGUGGAAAGAAAGGGUGGAAGGAAGAAAUUUUGCCUUUGCUCAUGUCUGUCAUGACAUUUUGGCACUGUGCUGAACUCACAAGGUGCACAAGAAAACAUUAGUGAUAUUAACUAUUCAUGCACAUUUUAUGUACAAAACCACAUUUUUGUUUCUGUUCACUGAAUGAGGAAGAAGUGAGAAAGUAUAUUCUGACACAGUUCCAAACAAUACUGAGCACGUUGUAUAUUAUUAUUCAAAAGUUUGUGGUCAGUAAGAUGUUAUUUUAAUGAACUCAUUCAGCAAGGAUGCAUUAAAAUGAUAUUUGUUGAACUUCCUAUUCAUCAAAGAAUCCUGAAAAAAAUGCAUCACAGUUUCCACAAAAAAAGCAGUACAACUGUUUUAACAUUGAUAAUGUUCAGGAAUUGAACAUUAAAAAUAAUCUCACCAACCUCAGACUUGUGAACAGUAGUUUUUACAUAUUGUAGCACCCCAAAUAAUGAUUAUAAUAUCUAAAAUCUGAGGUUUAAAUGAUUUCAACCCACAUAUGGAUGCUGUCUUUGUCUAUGGUUGCUUAUUUUAUAAAGCCUAAAAAAUGCCCUGUCAAAGUUUAUCUCAAAUUGCAACAGCAAAGGAAGAUCAAAGUACAAAAAUGAAACAAAUCAUCCCAUCGAAUUACUGGCACACCGCUAAAUUUUCAAACAUGUCUCUCUCACAGCACAAUAUACCAGUGGACAAAAUUAUAUCAGGAGAUAAUGUACAAUCAGCCAGUCAUUAAGGGUUUAUUUUGAGAUAAUGACCAUCUGACUGUACAUUAUUCCACUUAUUAGACCGCUCCUUAUCAUUUAAAAGCAUAAAUGGAUAUGAAAUAUUGAUUUUAUUUGAAAUUAUUUAAUUAUGUCAGAAGAAAGAGUCUGCGGAGGUUUUCAGGGACAAUGGUUAAAUGUCCAGUUUAGUGGUCAGUCUGGCUGCGAUUGACCAAUCAGAUUCACGUAUUCCAGCAAACUGUGUAAUGAAAAUAGAGAAACUAAGAAUAGCUGGGUGCUGAAUAGCAAAACUCCUCAGACAGUGAUGGAUGUGAUGUGGACAGAAAUGAGAGAAGCAUAGGUUACUAUUUAUGUCAAACAGAUCUGUUUGCUGGUGCGUGUGGAAUCGUGUCACCUGAGGGAACUGAUUUAGCAUCAUGGGCCUGAAGACUUUCACAGCACUGCUCAGACACACUCCAUCAGCCUUUCCCUCACUAUUUAUAGCACUUUAAUAGUAAACAGCUCAAAUGUUCACUUCGUAUACAAACUAGCAAAAAGGCCAUGUAGAGACAAAGGUACUGUUGAUACAACAUUAAAUAAUAUUACAAUAUAUCAUCCUCCUGAAGAGCUAAAUUAGUGACAUAUCUAGUGAAUUAGGUGUUAGUUAGGAACAUAUUCUAGCGCUUACAGUGUCUAACCGUACCUAAACCUUUCAUAUACCACAUAAAACAAUCCAAUGUCACAUAUAUUAUUUAGAAAUCAUUAAUCAAUCAGUUCUGGAAAGUAGUGCCACAGUUUUACUACAUUCAUUGGCAUUAGAUGCAAAUUCACUCUUAAAAAUAAAGGUUCCUUAUUGGCAUCUACGGUUCCAUGAGCGACCUUUAACUUGCAUGGAACCUUUCAAUUUCACAAAAGGUUCUUUAUAAUGGAAGUGUUCACCGGGUUAUUCGAAUGUUCAUCGCAUUAAGAAAAAGGGUUCUUUUAAGAACUGUUCACUGAAAGGUUCUUUUGGGAACCCAACGGACCUUUAUGUUUAGGAGUGUACUAUGCUAUUUCUCAGAACUGGAUACAUAUCUAUCAGGCUGUUCUUUAAAGGUGAAGUGUGUACUGUAAAUGUGUGCCAUUUUAAUAUGCAGACAACUGUAUGUAAGCCAUUCGCAGUUUGACUUAUCAAAAAAACUACAAAAUAUGUAACACUAUGGUUCUGUGAACUUUGUUCUGUUUGCUCGAGUGGAUUUGAUUCAACCAGUGAAUUUCAGGUGUGACUGCCUGGUGUGCUGUUCAUUUUCUAGAUGACCAGAUUUUUGAUUUUCUCUCUGCAAGUGAUAAAAUGAGUGAAAAACCCUGUUGCCUUAAAUUAAAAGAGGCACCCGAGCCGUAUCUCUUUCGACUUGGGCCAGUAAGCAACAACCUAGCAAUCACAUAAACCACAUAAAAAUAGAUUGUUUCUUCAUCUGAAACCAGAUGAAAGAAAAAGAAAUGUAACACUUGCAAUAGAUCAAUUAACAUCAUGUGAAGUGAAAAGCUGCAUGUUUGUAAGAAACAAAUCCAUCAUUAAGGCAUUUUAACUGCGAACCAUUGCUUCCAGUCAAAAUAUGAGUCAAGUAAUCCAUAAUAAAACUUCUUUUUUGAAUAAACUAUUCCUUCAAGUAAUUCAGAACACGUUAGCAACCUCUAGAGGCACAUAAAUGACACACUUCAGCUUUAAAACACCACUGAUAAUAGUGAUUUGUGGGUUUUGUGGCUUGUGUGUAUCUGUGUAGUAAUAGUUUGAUUUGUAUCACUUUUCUCAUUGGCUUUUGUUUGUGGGUCAUGUGACCUCCAGACAGCAGUCAGCAUUCCAAAGCAAGCUAGCAUUCUCCAUGCCCUCUAACAUAUGCAAUAUUCCAAAGUAUGGCAUACACAGUGUGCUCCUCCAACGUGCCUCAAAGAAGGCCUAAAAACACAGUCUCUGCUUAUGACUUAUCAUUUCAUCUCUGCACAUAACUGAAAUACCUUCUUCUGUUCAAAGAUAAAAAUGUCAAGACUCACCAUUCUUGGUAAGGUCAGUGUCUGUAUCAGAUUUGUUGGCCGCCAUCCUUCAGCCGGAAUUGUGCGUUUUCAGUAUUAGUUCAGUCAUUUCUAGUAGUGUUGUUAUUUCUGUGUUGGUGAGCCCUCGCCUAAUUUUCUGUAUCUGUGAUAAGCAACACUGGUGUCUGUGUUUGUUUCUGUUUCUUUAUUCACUGAAAAUCCUUUUCUUUGUCACUAUUUUAGUCUUGUUUUCCAGUAGAGUAUUUAAUGCGUUUAAAACAUAAAUUUACUUGAAAGCUUUUGACUUUUUUCUUGUUUAAAGAAUAAAAACUAUUGAUAAAUAAAUCUGUAUAAGUACAUUCGUCUUCUUUUAAAGUUUUUUACUGGAAAACAACACAAAAAUACUGAUUCAGAAAAGUGUUUUUGCAAAGUUUAUUUUCUCUUUUUUUAGAGGUUGUGAAGUUGUGAAAUGUACAGAAGGUCUGAGCAAGUACAAGCUGUGUAGCUGUAUUUGUAACAACGAUGUCAAUACGUGAUCUUUUUUGGGUAUUUCUGUUGUGUUUAGUCGCUGAUGUGAAAGUGUACAACGAAAAAUUUAUUUAUUUAUACGUGUAUGGCACAGAAAAAAAUAUCUAUAUAUUUAUCUCACUAUUUAAAUAGGUCAGAAAACACGAGCCCACAUGUGACUCAUAUCAAUAUAUCCAUAACAUUAAUGUCCAGAAUGUGUGAAGGCGAUGUAAUCUUGUAUGUCUUGCUUUUCGUGGUUCUGUGAGACAAUCUUUGCCAUCAUUUCUGCCAUUUUCUGCAGUGCUUCAAGAACAUUCUAUUUAUUACUUUUGCUCCUCUGACUGAUUUAAUGUUUGAAAGAAUUUAGGAACUGUACAGAAAUUUAUAUUAAAUCAACUACACAAAGAGUAAAGUCAUAUGUUGAAGGCAUAUAGUACUGUGCUGAUCAAGAUGUGCAUUAAAUUGUUUUUCUUUUUUAAAUAUUUUUCCUUUGUGGUGUGUUUAUGUCCACAGGUUUGGUUAAUAGAAAUUGCUAUACUUCAUUUAAAUCACACUAUAUGUAGCAACAUCACGUCACUAUAUAUAUUGAAUUCCUUGAAAGGGCAUGUUAUUGACUUGCCAAUGUGUCAUUACAUCAUGUUUUUGUAAUUCUACAGAAAUGUUUGAAUGCCUUCUUUAGGUUAACAUGACAUAUGAUCUAGCUGUAAUGCUGAUAUAUAUUCUUCAGGAUGUCCUGAACGCUUUGAAAUAACAUGCAAUCUGAGCCAGAACAUUGUGGGUUUAGGAGAAAGUUGAUCUGUUUUAGACAAAAAAAAAAAAAAGUGUUUGUGUUUCACAGAAAUGGGCUAUUUUUAUCCGGUUCAUUUGGCUUGAAAAGCUCAAAAUAGCAUUUCUUCAAAAUUCCGUGUUACCUGUUCUAAUUCCCAAGCUGUUUCUCAUUAUAAUGAAAAGCAUUCGAUUACCUUGACACCUUUUUUCAUAGAAUCAUCCUGUAGACUUUCACUUUACUCUUCUUUCAUGCUUUUCCUGCCCGAAUCUUGCCUUGCUUAAGACCAUCAAUAACAAAUACCACCUACAAUUAAUCUGGCAUGAAAGCUCAGAUGUCGUUCAGGUGUGAAAACACCCUAGAAGGCCCAGCUUGUGAAGACACAUCACUGACAGCACAUUAACACUGAGGCCAAACAAACACAAAGAAAUUUGUGCGGUGGCACAGAUGUUAAAAGCAUUUUUGUUCCACACACAGAGAUGUUUUUGGUACUUUUGUGGGUACUAACACCCAUUUAAACGUAAGUCAGAUGAUUGCUGAAAUGAUUUGGACAUAGAAAAUUAUAUACACAGAGCAACACCUGCCUUGGGAAAUCCCUACACUUUUACUAGUCUUGUGCAAUAUCCAUUAUGUGUUCGAGUGUUGUAAUACACCAAAUCUUUCCAGACAAAGUUGGCAAGAAUCUUUGAGAAUUUUUUUUUUUUUAAGGAAAAAGUGUUUUAUUUCUCAUAUACACUCACAAGAUAGAAACAGUGAAAUUUGCAUUUUUUUCCUUGUAGAUGAGUUUCAAUGGAUUGUCUGCAGUGAAUGGGUGCCGUCAGAAUGAGAGUCCAAACAGCUGAUAAAAACAUCACAAUAAUCCACAAGUAAUCCACACGACUCCAGUCAACAUACUGUGAAUUGAAAAGUUGUGUUUGUAAGUAACAAAUCCAAAACAUUUUUAACUUCAAACCAUGGCUUCCAGCUGAAUAUGAGGAAAAAUACUCGAAAAAGUCAUCGCAUUUGUACCAGGAGCACAGAUUAAGAUCCGUUUAUACGUGAGAAAAAAAAGUUAUAAACCAAUGUUGGUGGAUUUUGAUGUGAGAGGGCAACAGAGAAUGGACUUCCAAUGAAGGACACUUUAUUAUGGAUUAUGGAGUGGUUUUUUUUUGUUGUUGUUGUUUUUUUUGGCCAUAAGCAAUGGUUAAAUGACUAGCUGGAUUUAUUUAUUUAUUUAUUUUUUACUAAAAACGGCUUUUCACUUUACAAGAUGUUAAUUGAUGGACUGACGUCUUGUGGAUUAUUGUGAUGUUUUUAUCAGUUUGGACUCGCAUUCUGACGGCACCCUUUCACUGCAGAGGAUCCACUGGAGAGCAAUGUGAUGCUAAAUGUCUCCAAAUCUGAAACAAGUUAUUAUAACUGUCCUUUUCAGACAAAAUGAAACCUGAAAACAUCAGCAAUGCAUAAAUCAAAGUGAGAAUAAUAAUAAAUAAUGGAUCAUGUAAGGUUGGUUUCCAUUUAAAAAAAAAGAUAAAUGUCUGUGAGUUUAGAAUGCAUUAGUAUUAAAUGCAGAAAUCGAUAUGGACAUUUUUAUUUAUUUGUUUGGUUAAGCUGAUGUGAGAUGGAUGUUUGGGUGGAUUUAUUUUGCAUGAUUACAGCUACAGUGAUGCUUUUGAAAACAAUUUGCUUCAGAGCAAUAACCAUAAUGGUCCUGGAAAUUGUCAGAGCGUCAUAAACAUAUUAAAUGAAAAGAAAAAAAAAAAUGGAUGCAAAAAUAUUCAGCAGGUUUUUCUGCCUAUAUGCUUAUUACUGAUAUCUGCACACCAUUUACUCACCCUCCUGUCAAUUCCUGUUGUUUUUUUGUUUUGUUUUUUGUUUGUUUGUUUGUUUGUUUUUUUCUAGCUCAGCAUGAAAGCAUGCAGCUUUUUGCAUAUAAUGACAGGUCAUUGUGAUCACAGCUGUCAAGCUCCAAAAAGGAUUUUAAAAAAAUUUAAAAAAUACCUACCUGGUCUCAUGGCAUAAAUGUACCUGGGUGCACUUUUUAGCGAGACGCGAAACACGUACCAAUAAGUAGGCCUACAUAUCACUGCAGUUUCCAAAAGAAAUGAACACUAGAGGCAGUAAAACUCCGAUGCCUUUUAUUCCUUUUCACACAAAUUUACAGAGUUUCGAUUAAUAAAGCGUAAUUUUCGCACAAUUACUUGGAAAAAUAUCAUGUUAUGACUUCAAAACAAUAUUAAUAUGCUGGGAGAUUUGAAAGCUAAUGCUUUUGAAUGUUAGCAUCUCACUUAUCCAGCUUCAUAUCUAUGGGUUUUCGUAGACGGUAGGUUUGUUCAGUAGCUCACGGAGUACGUAAACGUAUGAGAGGCGAGGAUCUCCGGUUCGAAUCCCGUGUACCUACGGUUCAACAAAACAGUUCAAAUAAGGAAGUGCAAAUAGCAUGGUUGCAUCAACAAAUGCAUUUUUAUAUCAGUUUUGCAUUUUUCAACACUAUCGGGUAGGUUUAGGGUUGGGUUUGGCGUAGGGCAUAUUUCCAACACGAUUCAUUUUUUAAUUUUUAGCGACGGUUUCCGGAUAUUUGAAUUUUGAACUGCCGCAAUACCUAUAUCAACGUAAUAAAAACACAGCAAUACGUACCUAUAUCAGCAUAAUAAAAAUACAGCAAUACAUACCUAUAUCAACGUAAUAAAAACGUGCCAAAGUUUACGUAUUGAAUCCGUAUUUUAGCGCCACUCAGUGGACAUUUCUCUAUGAAACUGCAGCGAAACGUGCAGUAAGGUAUGUAAAAAUGGUCUAUGCCAUGAGAACAGGUUGAAAAAUACACAUAAUAAAUGUAACUUAAACAGCACUGAACAAAACUUUAUUUUUUGGGGUGAACUAUUCCUUUAAAUAACUUCAGUUUCUUGUAAGUUAGCUACAAUUAAAAACAGAUGCAACUGACAUUUUGUAAUACAACUGAGAAUAAACUGUUAUCAUACCAAAAGGAGGUUUUUGCUUCAGUUUAUCUCAAUGCAAGCAUAUGUUAUUUCAUGUGAAAAGAAAUCUGUCUUGUUAAACAGUGAUUGCUUGAGAUUUCAUCUCCUCUCAUCCAUAACAAAGAUCCAUGUUUUUGGCUAAAGACCUCUACACAGCUCCAGCUUCUAAGAGGGUCUUUCCCUGACAUUUGUACCGGAUCAUUGGAUUUCUUUAUUUCACUCAUCUGGUUAAAUUCCCAUAUAAACCAAGAAAGAGGUCAGAGCAGAGGGUCAAGUUACAAUGACCUCAAUAACUCUUGAAAGAUCACAAAAAGAAAUUGGUUUCAAACACAUAGAGCUCACACAAGACCACAGAAAACCUGCAGAAAUCUUCAGAAAAAAAUGUCCACAGGGACAAAAGAAGAACAUUUGAGAAGUACUGGAUUUUGUUUGAUUGAGGCGGUUUCAUUAACCAA